AGAUAUGUUUCUUAUUGCAAAAAUUGUUCGUGGUCGGCGACUUCUGCACGAGCUUGAGAAGCAGGAGAAGGAUGAGCACUUGGCAGCCGAUGCAGCUGCACAAUCGAAUGCACAGGCAAACUGGAGAGGAAGCGAGUCUAGCCCAACAGGAGAUGACCGCGGGGGAGAAUCUUCACAGUUCAGGCCGAAACGAAGCCGGACCGUUCGAAAGAAAACUGGUGGAGGAUCGGUCGACUCAAACAUGGAAGACGGCAAGCAAGCAAGAAAAAGCAGCAGUAUGCCAAGUAUCUAUGAUUUACAACAACAAGCAGCACCACCGACGCCUGCCUUGAAACACUACAUCUACGACACUCGCUUGAGCAAAAUACAGAAGCGUGCAAUCAGAUUCACCUGGCACCGACUACAGACUAGAAACGGAGGAAAAAGAGUGGAAAAUGUUUUUGAAGAAGUUUUUGACAAGCUCGUGAAAAAUCUGCCAAACAUAAGAGAUAUGUUCUCGACGAGGAUGUUUCUAUGUGCAAUGUCACGUGGAACUACUUCCACAUUACGGGAUCACUCAAAAAACUGUGUGAAAAUGAUUGACUCUGUCAUAAAGAAUUUUGAUGUGGAAAAGUCGAAGAGAACGGACACUAGCUCUGAAAACGACCCGAGAGUAAUUGGACGUGCACAUAGCAUCUUGAAGCCAUAUGGUCUUGCUGGAAACUACUGGGAAAAGUUUGGAGAAGUGAUGAUUGAUGUGGUACUGGCGCAAGAGGCAGUGCGAGAUCUUCCGGGAGCUGGACAGGCUUGGGUAAUUUUUACCGCUUGCUUGGUGGAUCAGAUGAGAGCUGGAUUUGAUGAGAACAGAAAAACUGACCAUGAAGCUCAAAUGAAAAAAAACACGGUUUUGCACCACGCUACGCAGCAGCUAUUGGAAGACAAUGUGGCAUCCACCUCAGCAACAACUGCAUCGUCUGGAAAUGGUGAGUGUUCGAGCUCCAACCAACCAUCCACGAGCUCCAAUCAACCGUUGGCAUGCCCAUUUGCAAGAAUGUCUCUGACGCCUAAGGACGCUCGUGUGAUCGAAAGUCUCUCCGGUAGCGGCGGCAGCGGCAGCAGCGGUAACGGAGACAUCAGUGACCUCUCGGGAACAAUCUAUUUGUAAUCUCAUUCCACGAUUUCUCGCAACACAUCCCUUAUAUUCUACAUUCCUUUUUCGCAUGUACUCAUCUCUUCUCGUUUGGAAUCUUUUCUUAUCUCCGAUAAUUGGGUUAUUGUGUCGAUAAAGACUGACCUAUUUAACAGAUACACUCCACCUUCAUCCACCUUUCCGUUUUCUACAAUCCAUGUUCUUUUCAAUUCAAUUCAUUUAUCACACCCUGUUCUUUUUUUUAAUUUAUAUUUUUUGUCAAAACUCGAAAUAUUUUUUCUACCGCUCUGUGAAAACAAAACAAGAUUCAUUCUGAAUGAAACAAUUUUUAAGAAUAUUC